UUGGCAUUGUAAAGACUUACAAACAUAAAAAGGCAUAGAGAAGACAACAUUAUCUGAUGAAGACCUAAUUGCCACAGAUUUAAAGAGGAAAAUGCACCACUUUGUUUUUUUUUGAAGCACUGGAGUCCUAGGUGGAGAAAUAAAGGAGACAACAGGAAUCAUCGGACAGUUGAGUGCAUGUACUUAUUGGUACACCUUACGCUUUCCCAUGAGUGUCCUUAGCAGUGUGUGCAUGUGUGUGUGGGUUCUGCGCUGGCUUUUGCUGUGUGUGAUGUGUCUGUGUGUACUGUGCCAGAGAGACAGUUUGGUGGCUGGACCACCUAACAGAAGGUGUGAGGGGGGUUGCAUUGCAACAGCAUCUCCCCCAAAAACACACCACACACAGAGGAAGGACACACUGCUCAGAAAAACACAGUCAUCUUCCAUCUCAGAACGUUUGAAGCUGCUACAGCGGUGUAUGAGUCAACAUGAACCAGCCUCAGGACAUCGAAGAGAUGGAUCUGAUUCCCUAGCAUCUAUUUUGGCUUUAAUGACAGCCGUGCUUACCGAGUGUGACCUGCACUGCCACAGUCAGAGACUUAGAGACAUGGCUGGCAGGCUAGAGAGUGCAGCAGUGGUGAAAAAUGGAGAAAAAGAUUUGCUGCUGUUGAUGAAGAGCAUCACACAGUUUGGCCCACUACCAACACCAAGUGCUUUAACAGUAUCUCCCUCCACAGGAUUUUAUCCACAGGAUUGCUAUGAGAUCUUUAAGUUUGGAAUUAAAGAGAAUGGAAUUUACACCAUCCAGCCUGACCCUCAAAAGCCAGCACUGGAGGCUGUGUGUGAUAUGGAGUCUGCAGGAGGUGGAUGGACUGUGUUUCAGCGUCGAUUUGAUGGGCAAGUGGACUUUAACCGGACCUGGCAGGAGUAUCGGGAAGGCUUUGGUUCUCCGCAAAAGGAGCACUGGUUAGGGAACAGAGUUCUACAUGCUCUUACCUCCAAUGGUCAACACACACUCCGCAUCACUCUCCAAGACUGGCAUCAACAGUCCAGACAUGCCAUCUACAACAACUUUAAAGUGGCAGGAGAGAACCAAAGGUUUCGUUUGACUGCACAAAGCUACCAAGGUGAUGCUGGUAACGCUCUCAGCUAUAGUAAGCAUUACAACCAUGAUGGCAGAGCUUUCAGCACAUAUGAUCAUGAUCAUGAUCGCUAUGCAGCUGGUAACUGUGCUCAGUACUAUGGUUCAGGCUGGUGGUUUGAUUCCUGUUUGGCUGCCAAUUUAAAUGGACGUUACUACCACGGCCGCUACUCUGGCAUCACAGAUGGCAUCUACUGGGGCACCUGGUACAUUCUCACUGACUCGCGAACUGGGCAGAGAUACUCAUUUAAAAGUGUGGAGAUGAAAACACGACCCAGACAGCCCUAAAAUAAGCAUCUUCUUUUCAUGCUCAGAGAACAUACGCAAAUUAUGCAAUGCUACUUUAGGGUUUUAUACUACACAAAAACUAUAGUGCAUGGUAUCAUUUCAAGUUAGUAUACUUGUGUAAUAUUUAGCUAAUUUAUCCUCAUAAUCUACCCUUCAGGUCUCUAAGACAUCCCAGUGUCUGUAAAUGGGAGAAGAAAAUGGAUGUGGUUACCCAUCAUUCAAACAAUCAGGUCAAGGAGACUUUAUAUUUGCCUGUAUGUUAUUGUACUUGGUAAUUUUGCAAGAUAGCCUAAUUAGCACAUGUGUGUUUUGGAGAUGUGGUUUUGAAGAACACUGAAGGAAGGAAGUGACUUCUUGCUUGAAAUUUUGAGUUUUGAAACAUCUACCAUAAGGUAAAUUCUGCUAAAAAUCACUGAAUAUAAAUGGCAAGACAUUUUUAUAGCCAAAUGUAUGAAAAUACAUUUUCAUAUGUACACUUAAUACAUACAUUAAUUGUACUUUUUUACAUAGUUUCUUUUUUUUUUGUACUUGUCGGGCAUUCACUGUGGACAGCAAAGGAAGAAUUUCAUUGUACUGGGAAACUUGUUUCCUUACUGUGUAUGUGACAAUAAACGCUUUUAAUCUUUGU